AUGGCUGACGCCACUCACUACCUGAUGGCAUCAUGCGUGCCACAGACGUCAUGCUGGCUAGCAAACGCAUUGAUAUGUGGCUUUGGUGACGUCGGCAAGGAUAGCGCUCAGACCAUGAAGGCUGCUGACGCGGUCGCGGACAUCUUUAUCACUACGACGGGUAACAAGGACAUUAUCAUGGCUAAGGACAUGCUCAAGAUGAAAAACAAUGAUAUCGUCGGCAACAUUGAUCACUUUGACAAUGAGAUUGACAUGGCUGGUGUGACUGAGAUCGCCAAGCGCCAAAACAUCAAGCCGCAGGUGGACCGCUUCGUUUGA